AUGGCUACCUCUCCCAAGGGUUUCUUUCUCAGCCAACGGAAAUAUGUUCUGGACCUUCUCAAGGAAGCAAACAUGAGUGAUGCUAAACCUGUCAAUACACCUCUUGACACGAAACUCAAACUUAGCUUGGAAGGGCAACCACUGCCCAACAUCAGUUAUUAUCAGCGUCUUGUGGGUAAGCUGAUCUACUUGACUAUUACAAGGCCUGACAUAGCCUAUUCAGUAAGCAUUGCUAGCCAAUUUAUGCACUCUCCCACCAUGGAGCAUUUUAAUCUUGUCAAGAGACUACUUCGGUAUCUCAAAGGUUCAAUAGGUCGUGGCAUCAUCAUGAAAAAGAAUGAGAGCACUGAGAUCACAGGUUAUUGUGAUGCUGAUUGGGCUGGUAACUCUAUUGAUCGUAAGUCUACAACGGGGUAUUGCACAUUUGUGGGAGGCAAUCUUGUUACCUGGAAAAGUAAAAAGCAAGCCGUAGUUGCUCGAUCCAGCACUAAGGCUGAAUAUCGCGCCAUGGCAUCUACUGCCUGUGAACUAAUAUGGCUGAAAGGUUUGUUGUGCGACUUAGGUGUCUCUACUACUCAGUCCAUGUCUCUUUUCUGUGAUAACCAAGCGGUAAUGCACAUUGCGUCCAACCCCGUCUUCCACGAGAGAACCAAGCACAUCGAAGUUGAUUGUCACUAUGUCCGUGCACAGCUCCUUAAUUCAAGGAGCUUAAUUAUGUAUAAGAGUCUUAUCUUGUUGGCAGCUGGUUGGCAGCUGAUUGGCAGCUCCUUAAUUCAAGGAGCUUAA